AUGGCUCCGAAAUUGAGCCCGCAGGCGCUGGCGCAUCGGCUUCUGACCUUUGCCGACGAGGCGGCGAUCACCAAGUUCUUGGCCGAACAGCCCGUUGCAUUCGACGAGCCGAACGAGCAAGGCUGCACGCUGCUCAUCACCGCCUGCGCCUUUGAUCGCGCCGAGCUCUUGCCGUUUCUGGUCGCCAAGACGACCGACUAUACGGCCGCGACGCAUGGGAAUCUCAACAACGUUUUGCACUUUGCCGCCUUGUCGCCGCACCCGACCGUCAUGACGACGCUCUUGGCGGCGAAUCCACUUGCGUUCUCGCGGCUUCUCAACACUGGCAACGCCAACGGCGACACUCCACUCAUGGUGGCCUGCACGGCCAAGCACGUCGACGGCGCGUUGGCCUUGCUCGGCAGCGGCGCCGACCCGACGGUCGCCAACCAAUCUGGCAUUACAGCACUCAUGUGCGCCGCCCGCCUCGACGAGACCGAGCCCGAUACUGCCGAAGCGAGCUCGCGCGCCUUAGUGACGGCCUUGCUGCCCGGUAUGACCGCCAGCGCACUGGACGCAGUCAACAGCACCGGCCAGUCAGCGCUGCACUUUGCAGUCCAGAGCCGCAACACGGCAGUGAUCCUCGCGUUGCUCCAAGCGGGCGUCAAUGUCGGGCUGCGCACCAAGGACGGCUACACGGCGCUUGAGAUCGCGCAGGCCGCGCCGUACUUUGAUGCGGAUGCGCUUCUCGCGAUGGAAGCUGCGUGGAGAGCGCUGGAGGCGCAGCUGGAGGCCGACCUCCUGGCACUCGCCAAUGACGAGCCCACGCCGGCGCCGAAAACGUCCAAGAAGAAGAAAAAGGCCGCAAAGAAAGGUGCCAGAGCCACGCCCGCCGCGAUCAACGUCGAGCCAGCGACGCCGAUC